AUGCGGGUUGAGAUGGUUACCGCAUUUCGCCCUCAGACAGAUAGGCAGUCCGAGCGAACUAUUCAAAUUUUGGAGGACAUGUUGCGAGCAUGGUCUAUAUAUUUCGGGGGUCAAUGGGACCAGUUUCUACCUCUAGCGGAGAUUGCCUACAACAACAGCUAUCAGACAAGCAUUCAGAUGGCUAUGCAAAAGAGUUAUGCAGACUGGAAGGUCCAAGAUGUGGCUUACAUGGAAGGUGAGAAGGUUCUUCCCCGAGUGUCGCCUAUGAAGGGUGUGAUGCAAUUUGGAAAGAAGGUCAAAGUUAGCCCAAGGUUUUUUGGCCCAUUUGAGAUCUUGGAGAAAGUUGGAGAGGUUGAUUAUAGGCUUGCAUUGUCUCCUAGCCUAGCAGGGGUACAUCCGGUAAUUCAUGUCUCUGUGCUUCGGGAGUAUCAUGAAGAUAGGUCACAAGUUUUAGACUUCAGCAUGGUGCAGCUUGAUGAUAACUUGACCUAUGAGGAAGAGUCAGUGGCUAUUCUAGACCGGCAAGUUCGAAAAUUGAGAUCUAAAGAUAUUCCUUCUAUGGAAGUGUGUUGGAGACAUCUGCCGAUUGAGGAGGCUACUUGA